CCCCGCGCUGCGCUGGCCCCUGCAGCUGCCCGCCGGGCCGGGCCUGGGCCUCCCGCCGCGACCCGGACCUGGCGACCGGGCGUUACGGCUCACGCCGAGCGCCUGGUAGCCCCGACGCCCAUGUGUGUCGUCUGCUUCGUGAAGGCCCUGGUGCACGUGUUCAAGAUCUACCUGACCGCCAACUACACCUACAACUUCCGCAGCUGGCCGGUGGACUUCCGCUGGGAUGACGUGCGCGCCGCCGGCGGGGGUGGCGGCGGUCACCGCGCGCUGACGUGCGCCGCGGCCGUGGCGGGCGUGUGGCUGCUGCGGGGCGCGGCGCUGGGCGGGGACGCGCCCGGCCGGCCGCCGCGCGGGGCGCGCAGUCAGGCGCAGUGCCUCCUGCAGCAGAUCCGCGAGCUGCCGGGCCAGCUGGCCAGCUACAUGCUGGCCCACUCGCUGGGCCGCUGGCUAGUGUACCCCGGCUCCAUGUUCCUGAUGACUCGCGCGCUCCUGCCGCUGCUGCAACAGGGCCAAGAGCGCCUCGUGGAGCGCUACCGCGGUCGGCGCGCCAAGCUGGUGGCCCGCGACGGCAACGAGAUCGACACCAUGUUCAUGGAUCGCCGCCAGCACCCGGGCAGCCACGGCCGCGGCCUGCGCCUCGUCAUCUGCUGCGAAGGCAACGCCGGCUUCUAUGAGAUGGGCUGCCUGUCGGCGCCACUGGAGGCCGGCUACUCGGUGCUGGGCUGGAACCACCCGGGCUUCGGGGGCAGCACGGGCGCGCCGUUCCCUCAGCAUGACGCCAACGCCGUGGACGUGGUGGUCAAGUACGCGCUGCACCGCCUGCACUUCCCGCCCGCGCACGUGGUGGUCUACGGCUGGUCCAUCGGUGGCUUCACGGCCACCUGGGCCACCAUGACCUACCCGGAGCUGGGCGCGCUGGUGCUCGACGCCACCUUCGACGACCUCGUGCCGCUGGCCCUGAAGGUCAUGCCCCGCAGCUGGAAGGGGCUGGUGGUGCGCACCGUGCGCGAGCACUUCAACCUCAACGUGGCGGAGCAGCUGUGCUGCUACCCCGGUCCGGUCCUGCUGCUGCGGCGCACGCUGGACGACGUGGUGAGCACCUCGGGCCACGUGCGCCCCCUGCCGUCCGGCGACGUGGAGGGCAACCGCGGCAACGAGUUGCUGCUGCGUCUUCUGCAGCACCGCUACCCAGUCGUGAUGGCGCGCGAAGGCCUCGCGGUCGUGACGCGCUGGCUGCGCGCCGGCAGCCUGGCACAGGAGGCCACCGUCUACGCGCGCUACCGCGUGGAUGACGAGUGGUGCCGAGCACUGCUGCGCUCCUACCGCGCGCGCCGUGAGGACGAGCAGGAGGACUGGGGGCCUCACGGGCUCGCCUUCCCCUGGCUCGUGGGCCAGGACCUGAGCCCGCGGCGGCGCCGGCAGCUCGCGCUGUUCCUGGCACGUAGACACCUCAAGAACGUGGAGGCCACUCACCUCAGUCCGCUGGAACCGGAGGACUUCCAGUUGCCCUGGAGGCUGUAGUCCUCACCCCUCCCCACACGGGAAACCAGUAAAGCUGGCCCUGCCUUGGGGAUCCCGACCUGGUGUCUGGGGGAGGGUGAGAUGGAACACACGGAACUGGUGCUCUCCCUCACCGGGGUGAUUCCCCCCUUCCCUCCUUCAGCUUCUCCCUCAAACACCUGUGGACGUCCCAUUCUGCUCCCAGCUUCUAAAGGGAAUGUAGAGAUUAACCUGACCCAGUUUAUGGCAACACUGUGUGAUAGGUGCCUUGAUCACCUCAAAAGGAUGAUGGGAGCAUAGGCUGUGGGGCCCCGGGAGGUACCCUUAUCCUGGAUCAGGAUACACAAUGGCUCUGGGAAAUUUGAGUGAGGAAGGGUUUGUACAAGUCACCCCCAGCUGUGAGAGGACAUUGGCAUUGGCAGACUAUAAAGCAGGUCUUAGCCGCCAGACCUCACCAGGAGUUAGUAAUGUUGGGCCUCUAGGGUCCCCUCCCCACCUCCACACUCCUGGUUUCGACAGGAAAGGACAACAGACUCAGA